CCGUCCAUCGGCUAGUUUGUUCAUGAAAAAAAUGAAUGGACUUGAACGCCCAAGCAAAUAUCAUCCGAGUGUGAAAGAGGAAAAGCCUUUCUUUGCAUCUGGGCCCCCAUUCUCUGGCCAACCAAAGUGCGUGUUUGUUCAUAGUUGUAUGUAAAGGCGGUAAUUCGGUGGCAAAUUGUCCACGUCCAAGAAGAUGGGACCCAAAGAGCAGAAGAUCACGAUGGGAAUGGCGGAGUGACGAGGCUUGAAUUUGGGUGUGAAAAGGUCUCGAGUUCAAAAGACAUUUUCCUCCUUGAAUAUCCAAUCAGUUUCAUGUGGGAGCUCCCUUGAGUUACACACCUUCUCGGACAAUCUCAGGAGUGAUGAUGAGCUGUGUGUGACCAACCAACUGAACUCUUCAUAUCACUUUGUUUAACUCUCACCAGGCAACCGUGAAAGGACUCCAGUGUGAUCAAACGACGCCGUGGUCAAAUCAAAGACGAACCCUUCUUAACAGCCAGCCGAAAGUUCCUCCAAAGAGAUUGAAGCCUCAAAUACAAUUGCAACAGUUUCAAAUUUUCGGUUCAUAAUGAUUAUCCCGUAGACGAGGGACCAAAAAAAACGCGAGAGAGACUUAUAUAUUUUUUGUGCCAAUUGAAAGCACUUAUGUUGAAAAGUGAGUUAAAAACAAAAACAAAGAUGAGUCCCAUUAAUAAGCCAUAUCAGCCUGCCGCUACUGACCAACGAUCGCAUGACCAACAAGCUGCUAAUCUUGAGAAGAUCCUUGAAAUUGGUAAUGAAGAUGGAAAUGCCGCCGAUGUUUCUUCAUCUCCAACUGGCAUCGAUGAACCGAGCCAGAAAGAACCUCGGACUCCCAUCCUGGAUAACCGUGAACCAGACAAGGUGGAGAGGAAUCGUCAUACCGUGCUGACUUUGCCCGAGGUGUCUGCUGAGCGAUCUUGGAGCACCUCCCAAGAGAGCCGAGAGAGUGGAUUUCUGUCCAAUCACUCUGAGAAUGACACGGACGAGCUUCCUCGAAGUGAUUCCAGCGACAAAAGUGAGGACUCGGAUCCUGACCAAGCUCCUCUUGGGAUAAGGAGCAAGAAGGGAUUCAAGAAGAAUGAUCACCGCUCAAGGGAGAAUCUCCAAUCCUUGUCUUCUCAAGUUUCUGCGUCCGUGACGGACCCUGAAGCUAUCGAGAGUGUCCCCGACGACCUUGAGCGAGUGGGUCCCAAGGUCACCAGUGGUAGUGCCUCUUUGCCAGCGAAUCCCAGUGAGCCUGAGCGAUCCAAACGACUCUCAAGGAUGGAGGUCUUCUACGCCCGUGAAGGGGAACGCGCUGCUUGCAUGACCUUUCUCCGGGAUCACAUCACCCGAGUGGCCGACAAGUCCUCUUUGCAGCGGGCCCAAAUCGAGACCAUCCUCUCUGAUAGGGACUUUGCCUUCCAUUUCUUCAAACUCUUCGACAAGGAGGGCAAGGGGCAAAUCAGCCAAGAGAGCUGGAUCACGAUCCUCAAACAGAACACAAGACAAGAAACUUCGAACACGGUGUCGGAUCCCUCGAACCCCGAGUACUAUGGCAGCUCGUCGAGUGAGGAACGGAUGGACAUCGUGGAACUUCUGGAAGCCAUCGCCUACCUCAUCUGUCAGGAUGAUCCCAUUCGCCCGGAGACGUUUCAUCGCAUCAUUUCGAGUCGAGGCGUGCCAGGGAAGAUCCUGCGUUUGGCCGAUAAGAACCGGGAUGGGGUGGUCUCGGUUGAGGAGAUGAUGAACUUCAUCCUCACGAUCACCAACCCAAGACACCUUUCAGAGUUGACCGAAGAAAACCUGAAACAUUUGGAGAAAGUGUUCAGAGAGAAUCUCGCAAAAGACAAGGAGGAAUUCACUCUGUCCGAGUUCAAGAAGAUUGUGCCCUCCAAAAAUCCCUUCUUUGUGGAACGUGCCUUUCGCAUUUUUGACCGUGAUGGCAAUGGCACCGUGUCCAUGGCCGAGUUCAUCGACACCAUGCACCAAUUUGCGGGCCAGAGCUCCGAUGAGAAGCUCGUGUUCCUCUUCAAAGUCUAUGACCUGGACGAUGAUGGACUGAUCCAGCAAUCCGACCUCCGCGAGGUCAUGAAAGCUUGCAUGGAGGAGAACGGGAUGCGAUUCGACGAAAAGGAGAUCGAGGAUUUGGCACAGGCUCUCUACGAGGAUGCAGCAGGUCUGGCAGCGGGCGAAGCUGCCAUGGAGACCCAUGGGAUCACGGUGGAGGACCUCAAGGCCGAGUUGUCCAAGCACGACGGCCUGCUAGAAAAUCUAUCCAUUAACAUUGGGAAGUGGCUGGUACCUCCGAAACCUCCUAAGCCAAGACCUUUUACCCAACGACUGAAGGAUUGUCUUCCGCAUCAAUUCUCCAUGAUGUACAUCCGAAACAACAAGCAGUUCCUCUUCUUCACUCUGGUCUUUAUCAUCAUCAUCAACGUGGCUCUCUUCGUGGCCAGGGCUUAUUACUUCAAGGAUUUUGCUAUGUUGAACAACUUUAGACCCAAUCCGUUUUACUUGCUGUCCCGAGCCAAUGGUCGAGUCUUACUUUACAACUCGAGUCUGAUCCUAAUCUUGAUCUUGAGGAAUACCAUCACGAUUAUGCGCCAGUUGGGAAUGGCCACCGUAUUCCCACUAGAUAACAAUAUCUAUUUGCACAAAGUGGUAGGAUACAUGAUAUUUAUCCAGGCCUGGAUCCACACCAUCAUGCACUUGUGCAAUUUCGCCAUCAAUGUUCAGCCAGAUCCUGUUCGUUUCGUUCAACUCACCUCCAAGUAUUGGGACGAAUUUGGACCCCUUCGACCAGGUUGGAUGAACUUACCGUACGAACUGCCGCCCGGUUGCAUGGUCUCCAACAAAACUCUUGAAUGUCCCACGGGAGCAUUGGUGCCCGAGCUAAACAUCAGCUAUUGCCAGAUCUGUAACGAGACCGACGCUGCUCCAUGGUCCCUAUUCGAAUGGAUCCUAACUGAUAGGCCUCACGUGUUUGGCCUAAUGCCGGGUUGGGCAAAUCCCACGGGUGUAGCUUUGAUUCUGAUUCUUACCAUCAUGGUCAUGGGUUCGUUGCCAUUUGUGCGUCGAGGCGGAUACUUUGAAGUGUUCUACUUUUCCCACGUUCUCUACAUGGGCUACUGGAUCUUGCUGAUUCUCCAUGCCCCCGAGUUUUGGAAGUGGAUCAUCGGUCCGGGGAUCGUGUUUUUAUUGGAAAUCACCUAUCGAGUGCUCUCAAGUCUCAUGGGAAAGGGCAAGACCACGAUCAUGGCCGGAGUGGUUCUUCCUUCGAAGGUCACCAAUCUGAUCAUCAAGCGACCGCACAACUUCAACUUCGCUCCGGGUGAUUGGGUGUUCGUGAAGAUCCCGGUCAUUGCAAAAUCCGAGUGGCAUCCCUUCACGAUCAGUUCGGCUCCCGAACAGCAUGGAUUCUUCACACUUCACAUUCGAGGUGUGGGUCAAUGGACCAACCGACUGUAUUCCUACUUUGAAGAGGAAUAUCGGCGACAACAGGAGGGCAAAUUGGAGAUCGAGUCAGGAUUUGACCGACUUCGAGGGACGGUGCAUCGAAAAUACACGACAAUGAAAAAGGCCUUGACCGAGUACAACAAGCAUCGUGCCGUCGAUCGAGACAUGUCUAAUCCGGAUUUCCAGAGUAUUGCCACUAAAUACCAACAUGAUCCAGAGCGAUCCAAACAACGCAUGCGCAUCCGAGAAGAAAAACUCCGUGCCCGAGAAAGUAACGGCUUUGGGUCUCCGAGUUCGUCGGUGAAAUCCCGUGGAGCUCCAGCCACCGCUGCCACCACAAACAAGAGCUUCCGAUACAUGAGACGUCAGCCCACGAUGGUCAAAUAUGACCUUGACGAGUUAAACAGUAAUCUGAACAAUAACAACAACAACAAUAAAAGUGGGACGGAUAAUCCGUCAUUCGCUCGAUCCGAGGUCAGGUUAGACGAUGGCAGUGAUCGCUUUGACGUUGUCGUUACUGACUCUGGAAAGAUUCGCCGACGAAAUAUCCCGGGACCACCCUCUCAUCGAGGCGAUUCAAAUAUGGAUGAAGACGGUCCGGGCAAGAAGAUGACACUUAAAAAACCGCUGGAGAUCUUGGUGGACGGUCCUUUUGGCGCUCCAUCUUCGAAUAUUUUCCGAGCUGAGCAUGCCGUACUUAUUGGAACGGGUAUUGGUGUGACUCCGUUUGCAUCGAUCUUGCAAUCCAUCAUGCUCAGGUAUUGGCAGGUGAAGCGAAAUUGUCCAAAAUGUGAGUACUCGUGGAGUGACGAUAUCGCACCCAGCAUGUUUAACCUCAAGAAGGUGGAUUUCUACUGGAUCAAUCGCGAUCAAAAGUCGUUCGAGUGGUUCGUGAAGCUUCUCUCUCAAUUAGAGAUUGAACAAUCCGAGCAAGGUGGAGUUAUGGGACAUUUCUUAGAGAUGCAUAUGUACAUCACAUCGGCCUUGCAAAAGACCGACAUGAAAGCCGUGGGGCUGCAAUUGGCCUUAGAUUUGCUCCACGAGAAGGAGAAACGUGAUCUCGUGACCGGACUGAAGUCGCGAACGAAUGCGGGCCGACCCAAUUGGAACAAGGUGUUCACCCAGAUCCGAGAACAGAGGAAAGGUCGCGUGACUGUGUUUUAUUGUGGAAAUCCAAUUCUAGCCAAGGUCUUGCGGAAGAAGUGCGAUGAAUUCGGAUUCAUGUUCAGAAAAGAAGUGUUUUAGAACGAAGCAACAGGGACGCACAAACACACAUCUGGAAAAAAAAAUGCUCUAAGUCAAAUAACUCAGUCUCACCAUCGCCAUCCACAUACAACCAACAACAUUCGGAAAAUUAUUACAAUAGUAACAAAAAAUUAUAAUACUUCAGAUUAAAUUAAUAGAUACGAAUGAAGAUGGUGAGCUGGAAGAAACACUUUGCAACGCUGUGAUCACGUUUUGUUGGAUAUCUUGUCAUAUCGGAUGAUAAGUGAACCUGCAAGAUGAAAGAAAAUAUCUCUCUAUUUCUCUCUCUCUCUACUCGUUCUAUGAUAAUAAUCAUGUCAAGAAUUCUGAUCUUAAAACAAAAUUGUCGUUCUGUAUUCAUCUAAUGGAGUUCUUAAAAAAAAGAGAUUACGUUUUCCCCCUAUUCUUCCAAAACCCGCCCUUCUUUAAGUUACGUAUCCGAGAGCUGCAAAAGCUAUUUAACCUGAUACAUUGGUGUACAUAGAUAGAAUGAAUGAACGACAACAAAGAAUUCAUAAAGUUCUCGUCAAAUUUCUUUUCCUCGGACCAUUUUCCUUUUCGUUUGCUUGGUUAGUUGUUCUGUGCUCAAAUCAAUCAAGAAAAUAUACACUAUACAUAACAAAGA